UCUUGUAUGAUUCUAAUUGGAAUUUGUACUUUGUACAUGUUGUUUAAUGAAAAGUGUAUAAAAUAUUGUCGAUCUUAAAGAAAAGAAUAAAAAUAAAUAUGACUUUAAAACUAUAUUACGAUUUAAUGUCUCAGCCAUCUAGAGCACUUUAUAUAUUUUGCAAGUCAAAAAUUCCAUUUGAAAGUUGUCCUGUAGCUCUGAGAAAUGGUGCUCAUUAUACACCAGAGUUUGAAAAAAUUAAUCGAUUUAAAAAGGUUCCUUGUAUUGAAGAUGGCAAUUUUAAACUAUCCGAAAGCAUAGCGAUAGUUCGAUACUUGGCUAAGACUCGAACAAUUGCUGAGCAUUGGUAUCCUCAAGAAUUUCAUGAGCAAGCUUUGGUUGAUGAAUUUUUAGAAUGGCAACAUAUUGGCUUGCGUUUACACUGUGCAAUGUACUUUCAAAUUAAGUGGUUGAUUCCUAUAAUGUCAGGAAGAGAACCCAAGCCAGAGAAGAUUCAAGAAUUUCAGAAAAGAAUGGAUGAUGCUCUGGACUUAAUGGAUGUUUGGUUAAAGAAUGGUCAAUACCUUACAGGCAAUAAAAUAACCGUUGCCGAUAUUUUAGCUGCUUGCGAAAUUGAGCAACCGACAAUGGCUGGAUAUCAUCCAAUAGAAGGAAGACCCAAAUUGAAAUUAUGGCUUGAAAGAGUUCGCAAAGAUUUGCAUCCUUAUUAUGAUGAAGCACAUAAAAUUGUAUAUAAAAUUGCAAAACGAGGAGGAAAAAGACCAGAAAAUUUAUCACAACUUUAGUGAAUUCUCACAAUAAAUUGCCAUUAGGUCUUAAAGGUUUACUUAAAAUAUUUGAACAGAUUUCUAAAGUAUAUUAAUUUUAUUUAAAUAAUAUUUUGC